UAUGCCAUCUUGUGUGGACAUUCUCCAGGGUGAUGGAGAGGAAUAUGUUUUAACUCGGCCUGAAGACGUUAAAAGCUGUUCUUUUGUGUUUCUGGACACUGUGACAAGCACAGCUAUGGCCGGCAUACGGAGAGUAAACGGGAAAUUGUCUGGAGUUAACCCCGCUGUCAGCUGCUCUCGCCUUCGUCAACUACAAGCCCUGCUCUGUGAAGGAGGCAGUGUCACUCCUGAUGGCAUCUUGUGCUCUCUUGGAAUAGACAGCAGAUAUAAUGAGGGAUGCACAGAGCUGGCAAAGUACCUCUUCUAUGGUCUUUAUGAACAGAAUCAACCAAACAUGGAGCAUGCCUCUGAUGACUUUCCUGAAGAAAUGCUGGACGACGUGAUCAUGCUGAUAAAGGCAGAGUGCGUCCAUCUAUACUGCAACCCGCUGAACUACAGUUACCUGCUGCCCUAUGUAUCACACUGGAGGAACCUGCAUCUGUACUGCAUGACAGAGGCUGAGUAUGAAGAUGAAGAAGCAGCAGAGGAAUUCAAAAUCUCCAGCUUUGUCUCUAUGGUGCAGGAUUGCCAGCGUAUUGGAGUUGCUUACUGCUCCCAGGGACAUGUCCAGAAGUUUGAUGUGUUUAUGGUGGAAAAGUGGCCCCUGAUUCAAGCGUUCGCCCUUGAAGGCAUAGGUGGAGGAAGCUUUUUUACCACCAAAUGCAAGAUCGUGGACAUGAGUGAGAAGCUGUGGCAGGUUUACAGCAGACUUGAUCCAGUGUCCCUGAAUAAUCUCUUAACAGAGGACUUGGGAAUCUUUGAAAAGCAGUGGAGCAGCUUCUUCUCCAGCAUCGACCUGGAGAGUCAUCUCUCCAUCUUGGAUCUUUCUGAGGCACAGGCUGGAGAGGCUUUCCGGACUUUUUACUCUCACGGACUGAUUUCAAACAACGUCUCAUAUAAAAGUAAAAGUCGACAGCCCUUUGUGCUGUUUGGAAAGCACUCUUCUUCAGAGGAUCUGGAGAACAUUUCGUUCAACUUUCCUUCAGAGAGUCAUCAGGUUUGCCACACAGGGCCUCAAGGAUCUACAGCCAAACACAUGAUUCUACAGUGUGUGGCUCCCAACUCACCAUUAGCCUGUUCACGAACAUAUUUCUUUGGGACUACUCAUAACCCAUAUCUUGGAAUUCAGAUGACAGAGCAAAAGAAAACAGAAGUCUUAGUUACAUCACAGAUUUACUCUGCUGCUGUUCAAGGAGUCCUGUCUGGAAUAAAAUGCUACUCUAGUACUCCUAGUUUUACUAAGGCUAAAGAUGUUGCUGUGAACACGUUUCUUCAGGCCUUGGACCUGAUGAAUUUAGGCCACUAUCGCAGUCAUCUCAGGUCCAAAUCUGAAUUCAGCAUUCAAGCCGUGAAUAACCAAGGAAUUAUAAUUCCUCUGGCUGAUGAAGACAGCCGUUAUCUAGUCAAAACGGCUUCCCUGAUUGUCCGUGACAUCCCAGACCUGCAGGAAAACAAGGGCGACUUUGGCACUGUGGUCUACUCCGAAUCCUUUCUGGAGUCCAGCAUCAACAUUCAGCAGAGCGAUGGCACUGUGUCCUCAGACAGCUGCUAUACCAUCCUGACAGCAAAUGUUCCUCGCUACGCCUGCUGGCUGAUGGAAUCUGAUGUCAAGCAGUCUGAACAAGCCCUGCAUCUCGCUAAGAAGGAGGACAGUGGUUAUCUAGGAGGGUCUCUGACUGUGGCAGAUGCUGCCUAUGUGUUCUCCAGUGGCCACCUCUGUUCACCUGAGGAAGGUAAAAUCACUUUCUUCUCUGAGGGGCUCCUCUUUGUCCAUUCUCAAUUUGGGUGUGUCACUCUCUCAAAGGAUCACAUCCGCAAAAUCAGCGUUUAUGCUCCGGACACCUGCAGUGUGGGUUCUCUGUUUGUAGAGUACGAGACAGACCUCCUCCCACACCUUCCGUUCUCUCUGCACAGCUCUGAUCAGUGUCUGGUCUUUGCUCUUCAGCCUAGAUCUAAGAGCUACAAGGCCUUCUUUGCCAAGGUUUUGUCAGCCUGGAAAAAUCCUGAAGCUGGACUCAGUUUUCAACUUUUAGACCAAGAACAUCUGUCCUUAAACCAAAGAAACAUGCACACCAGAGUUCAGAAGCUACAUGAGAGUCAAGAGCCGCCUGUUGCUAAGCGCAAAGGCAACCUUAAGACUUCAAACUCCAAGCUGCCAGAGCUGGAAAUGUUUCUUCAACACUUUGCUUUGAGCAGCAUCAGUCACGAGCCCAUUCUGUAUGACCACCUGGAGGCGCUGUUCCCCUCUGCAGAGCUUAGGAACAAAGCCCAUCAGAAGGGAGACAAGGUUGUCAUUAACAUAAUCAGUGGAUUGCCAGGAAGCCAUAAGAGCACCCUUUGUAACUUUUUAGUGGAUCAAAACAAGGAAGAUGGAAGGUGGGUGGUGUAUGAACCUGACAGCUUCUCAGCAUCACACCUCCAGCAGUAUUUGUCGGGCUUCCUAGAGAGCCAUAGAGGACGAGGCACGCCUCGCCUGUUGCUGCUUACACCCGGAUACACAGAUGUUCUAGAUGUUAUCCAGGCUGUGCUUCUCCAUCCAGAUCCAGUUGUCCAAGGUUGUUUCACUGUUGGUGCUGUCACUGCCUGUGUGAACCCACUCGCGUCUUGUAUGGAACAUCGGUUUGCUUUUCCCAAGCUGUUGGAACAGUGCAGUCAAGGUAUUGUGAGUACAGUGGUGUUCACCGGGCUGACAGCGGAGGAGAAGCACCCUCUCAUGCAGCAUGUUCAGCAGUUGGUACGCUCUGCUAAUCCCGCUGCUGCCUUCAUACUGGCAGAAAGAGGAGCUGUCACCAGGAAUGAAGAUGUGGGUUUGAUAUUGUCUGAGAGCAGCUUCAGUGAGGCACAGAUGCUGAGAGCACGUUAUGUCCUCUACCCUGGAUGGUGCAGAGGACGCUUUUUCUCUGGUUCAGGGACUGUGAUCGUCACCCAGCAGCAUAUAGCUUUCAGCCGGCCCCUAGAGAGGCCUCUGUUUGUCAGCCGCUGUAAAGCAAUCAGGUCAUCAUUAAAGCCAAGUCCGUUCAGAGGAAAUGUUUAUAACAUUUGGGGGAAAGUCAGAUUUUCAGACUCGGACCGAGCGAUGGAUGUGUGCUAUAAUGCAGUUAGUGGGACCCUGAGCAUCAUCCCAGACCAGAGUACUGACUCUCUGACUGCAGCCCCCAAAGAGACCAGCACACCCUGCUUCCUGAUCUUUGAUGGUGUUGGUCUCAUUCAGGAUGAACUAAAGGUCUGGCUGAGACUGUGUACCAAACAGCGGCAAGCCAAGAAAACAAAGAAGACUACAAAUACCCUGUCAGCACAAGAAAUCAAGAGCAUACAUAUGGCCCGACACUUGGAUCCACUGCCGCCAGGUUAUUUCUACAACGGCUAUCAAUACGUUGACAUCUUCGGAGACAAAAGAAGCUUCCAUCCCACAUCAGCCUGACCUGGUGUUAUUACAGCCUGGUAAAUACAUGGAAGAGUUCAUUAAAGACUACAUUUCUGAGUCCAACAGAGAGAUCGAUCAGUUCAACCGUCAGCUGGAGCUGCAAGAACAGCCUGACUUGUUUGAUCCGUGCUAGAAUCUGUUUGAUCACUUCGUCUGUGGGAACGACGGGAGGGGCGACGCACAGCACCGUGUUAUAGUUUUCAAUAAGUAUUCACACCAUCCUCUAGAGGCGCUGUUCUUCGAGCUCAUUCCAUUUGUCUGUUUACAUUAGCACUUUUAUUUUCAAUUUUAAACACUGAGGUGUGUUUUUCAGUCAUUUAUGUUAUCCAGUGACUGCCUUAUACUUCAAAACUAUGACUGAAAAAGGCAAAUUGUUUAAUUUGAACCAAAAUAAAACCUGCAGACAAAUCAAACUCAGUAUGAUUACAGCACAAAGUCUGCAAGCUAUGGCACUUUCACAAUCGAAGGGGAUUUCCAAUCACACAUUCUCACAGCUUGAACAUUUCUGUUUGUCACAGUCGGCGAAUUAAUGCUUCUAUUUCUGGGUUGGCUUGAAUAGCCUUGUGAUCCUGGUAGGCUCCCUGGUGGGGUUUCUCAAGAAUUGCUCCUCUAUUGUCACCCAAUCCGUGGUCCACCUGUUAGCUUGUUUGCAAGCCACACUGGAACAGAGAGAGCGCUUGGCCAUAGCGUGGUAAACAUCAGAAAGCCUGUUGGUUCAAUGGUGCUGUUUAUCAAGACCCUUCAAGCCAUCCCAGGAUUUAUGUGUUUCUAAUUAUAAAAUACUUCAAACUAAUUAGGUCCCUGAAACAAUGUUUUGUAGUUAAAAACAGCUGUUAGCUGUCAAAAACAUAUUGAAUGACAAGAUUACAUUUCCACUUGACAUAUUUUCAUUGCAAACACUUUAAGCCAGUUAAAGUGUUUGUUUCAAAUAGGAGCAUUAAGCUAAGACUCACUGCAGUCAGGUCAGUGUAGCCUUUUACACAGUUUUUCUUACAAAUUGUCUUCACAUUACAUUUGUGUCCACAUAUUUGGACAGAGCAAAGCAAAGAUCAAAUGUAAGAAAACCUUGAUUUACGUUCAUAAAUGGUUAGUUUUAGAUACACAAUAGUAGAGCAAAUUGUAAAAGGCUCACUUUUGGAGUCACGUCACAAAGACUUAGAGUUGAUGUCCUUUUUUAUUCAGUUGCUUUGUUACUCUUUGCUCUGUGAUUGGAUAUCCUGUGAAUGAUAUAUGCAUGUCUUUGAAAUUCUACAGCUUUUGAGAAAAUGUAUUUAAUAAGCAGUAACUUCUCUAGUAAAUACGUGCUGGUAUUUGUGAAGCUGCAUAGUAACACAGUGUAGACAUCCUUGAUUGAUAAAUUCUGAUUUCAAUUUCCAGAAGCAUUAAUAUAUUUAUAUAUAUAUUUAUAUAUAUAUAUAUAAAUAUAUAAAUAUUGUGAGUAGGAGUCUUCCACGUAGAGAUGCACCAUUCCGAACAAUUUGAUUUUGGAAAACUUUGACCUGCCGAUACCAAAUUUGGUAGCGUAUUAAAUCACCGUCCUUCCUCUGGCCUUAUAUUUAACACCUCACUGGUAGUACAAAUAGACAAUUCUGUGCCUUGAUCACUCAGUAAGAGCAUCCACACCAAACAGUGUUAUUGUCACUGCAACAAAAUUGCCUAUGUAUGAUUCACUUGCUAACUGAAAAACGAUCAGAUGCUUGAGUUUCCGACCAGCAGGUCACCGUUUAGCGCUCAACAAAUCAAACAGAUUCUGAUCAACAACCAAUUUCUCGGUGCACCUCUACAUCCAACAUUAGCGGAAGAUUUAACGACAUCAAUUCAAAAUGGGGUUAGCAAUGUAAUAAGCAGACCGCAACUUUUAGUCAAGUGGUUUACAGUAAAUAGUUUCAUACAAAGAUGGAUGUAAACCUAUUGAAUGAACGUUAUUAAUAUCCUAAACUAAACCAGACACUGCUGGCCCCAUGGCUUCAAGUCCACUUUGGUCUGUGCAAGCUAUGUCAUCUCAUUCUAGAGGUGCUGCAGUCCCUGUGACGAGUUACGUAGACUAUAGAAAAGCACCUAAUGUUAAAAUUCCCACUAUUGUCCUAUUCUACCAAAAACAUGUUCACAUGGAGAGAUGCUCAUUUUAUGUUACUCUUUCACAAACUCCUCUCUAACUAUCUUCUACUUGAUAAAAGUGCAAUUCCUCUGUGUGUUUUUAUAUAACAUACUUACAGCACCCUCAGAUAGCUCUUUAAGGACGGAGCUGAAACAAACGAGCUGCUGAAUUCUCCGGCUCCCACAGCUGGUAUUCGGUGCUUUGCUUCAUUCCUGCCACCACUGCUCACAUAGAAAAUCUAGGGCUUUGUUGCAAUUACGUGCCACUUGAAAAAAGUAUUACCUCAGCUCACAAUUGAUAGGGAAAAACUCAAACAGAUUACAGAGCUUUUCUGAAAUGGUACAGGAUUAUAUUGAACUUUAAUCCUUUGGUGACAAAAGCAUAACUUGUGUAUAAGCUGGAUCCUCGCUUUAGCAUUUCAACAAUGCACUCUGAGCUGUCUGUUUUGAGCAACAUUUGUCAUAGUUGGGCUCUUGCGUAAUACUGCAGAGAGUUACCUUGAUUGACAGCAGGGCAGAUGUAAGGCAGAGUAGGGGAAGCUGAAAUUGCCAGAACUUUGAACCCGGCUGUAGAUCAGCUAGUAGAAAGCCUGAUACCCCAAUCAGCCAGUCGAUUAACAGCAAGUCCUUAAAGAGAUGAGGGCCGUGCAACAUGUUAGUGAUAUUUAAACGCAAUUUCCACUAACAGAUAUAAAGACUCAUUUAUACAAGAGUGCUAUCACAACUCUGUCUGUAGUACUUCGCAUGUGUUGAGAUGUCAUAAUACAUGUAUAUUCUGACGAAAUUGCCUUUCACCAAACUGGUACAACAACAAAGAGAGGAAUAAUCAUAUAAAUAAUUUAUUUUACAUAUCUGCUAAGAAUUUGAAUUACCUCAAAGCAACAAAUAGUAUUUUUGUAAGAAUGUGAAUUGAACAUCCGCGAUGCAAACAAAAUGUUUCCUGUCGCACAAGCUUCAGCAAAAGUAAAGGCAGAUGCAAUUCUUUUGUUAAAAAAAACACAAAAACAACUGAAGAGAAUCUGAUCAGUUGUGAGAUGUCAGGUUCCUCUGAUCCAGCAGUGCCUUGGCUACAGCUAAGAAAAGCAGAGAUUAAAGCUGCAUUCAGAGCUUCAUCCCUCUCCCUGUGACAGGGUUGGAGGUGCUGUCAGGCAAGGAUCUGUCCUUCAACAGUAUUGGUGAAAGAAAUCCAUGGAGUCGUUCUUUAAAGCAAUGUGUUUUAUUUACGAAGCCGGAGGGUAAAGUGGGCGAAGUCACACAGAGAGGCUCCUGGCUGGCUCGGGAUGAAUCAGGUGUUCUUUCGAACUCGCAAAACCUCCCAGAAGAGGAAAAAAAAUAAAAUAAAGACAAUGAAAUUUGGGUGAUCCCUACUUAUUAUAAAUGGGACCCUAACUGAGCCCUCUACAAGCCUCCAAGGGUGACUGCUUCACAGCUCUUCGGCAAACUGAGAAGUGUUUUCAUCUUGUAUGUUGUAGCUGAAGUUAUAGGACAAAAACAGAGUUUGGUGUCAAUUGGUUCUAUAAGAUGGAAGGAAUUGUGAUGUUCUUGUACUGCAGUUUGAGAAAAUUCAGUAUGAGUUUUUUAUUUUUCUUUGUAAGAUUGCCUUUAGAGGGAUAGUUAAAAUCUUUUGAAGUGAGGUAUGAGAAGUUAUCAUCAUUUUUCCUUACCUGAACAUUAGGAGUUUGUAGAAAAGUGGGGAAAUAACCAGAGGUGGAAGGCUAAAAGCUAGUCAGAAUGACCCCUGUUUUAGCUUAUUUAACAUUUUAAAACAACUCAAACAGAUUUUCACACAUGGAAUAUAACGCUAUUUCCGCUAAUAUGAAACUUCUACAUUUUCACAAUAGCCCGUUGGUCAGCAGGACCAUGUUGGUGCUACGCUAAGGUCCGGCUGGCUGUAACAAUCUGCCCCAUUAGCUGGGACCUGUUGGCCUGUUUAAAAUUUCACCCAAUUAAGGUAAACCUUUGGAUUUUUACAACAGGCUGUUAUUUGUGCAGCGGAACAUUCUGCACAUUCUGGUGCUUUUCCAGUUCUAAAUGGAAAUAUCCCAGCGUUCUCAUGAUCAGAUGAUCAGCUGGAUUGGGUUCCAGUGUUAUUUUGCGUAGUAACAUGUUAACAUCAACAGUAAUGAACAAUGGCGGUUUAUGAUAUGGGCAAUAGGGCUUCCAUCCCAGACCGGUAUCCUGUGAAGGGCAGCAGGACCACUCGGGGGGGCAGUCAGUUGUACCCUGAACAAGUUUUCUGUUCCUUAUUGGCAGUAGGGAAUGGGCCCCCUUCGUCUUUGUUGACAAUAUAGGAAAAUGUGGCUGUACACCGUAGGUGGUUAAUGACACUGUUGAUGGAAUCUGAUUUGAAACUUUGGAUUUGGUGCCAAAUUGAAGGGCUGCUUCAUAGUCUUUAAGGACUGCAUUUGAUCCUCUCUAGUGUAAUAAUCUAAAAUACUUCAACUGAUCCAGUCUGAACUAUAUUAUCCUACACUCAAUGAUGAUUUAAAAUACACUAUGAGAUUUAUAAAUCCUUCAUGCAUUUUUGGCAUUGAACUUUCUUAAGUUGAGAUUUAGAAGUAUGAAAACCAUAAAACUGGUUAAACUUCGAAUAAUUUCUACACUGAUAAUAAGGCACUGAUUAAAGUACGCGUGAUUUAUCAGAGCUUUUUAUUCUAUUUGCUAAAACUAAAACAAAAUUAUUCUUACUUUUCUGGAGAUAAAUGUCUCAUCUCGCAGAUUAGAGUGUUUCGUCAAGGGCGUCAUUCAUGCAAGAAGUGCCACUGGGUUAGAGAUCUAUGACCAAUAACUUCACAAAACAUCACUUUAGAAAAUCUGGACUAUCCCUUUAAUACUUUAUACACCAGCAGCUUGGCAUGUGCCCACUUGUUAAAGAAAUUGAUAUUUUUAUGGUAUUUGUCUGCAUAUAGGGACAAGGCAGCUUGAAAUGAAUUUUUACCUAUCUGAAUAUUUUAAUAGCCUGAAGGGAACAUUGAUGCUAAUUGCUUAGAAUGAUCAUUCCUGGUGGGGUUAAAAGAAAAUCACAGGCUGCACUUCCUCACAGUCCUCCGAGGCAAUGAGAGGUCUUUGCUCAGGCUUAAUAUGAUUAACUUACCUAAGAUUCCGUAUUCUUAUUCUCGCUGUCAAACUUGGUCCUACUGAGGCAUACGGAGGUGAAAUUGUGCUCAGAAAAUUCAGUGUGUCAUCACACACAGAACUGGCUGCAAAACAUAUGCUGCUAUUCAUGUUAAGCAGUAGUCAUGAUUGAAGUCAGCAGUUUGAUGUCAUGAUGGCGGAAUUAAAACUAUAAAAAGAAACAAAGGGCUCAACUUCUACAAGCUGCUAAAAGUAAAAAAAAAGGGAAACAAUUUUUUUGGCUCUCUUGUGAUAAGAAGCAAACAGAUAUGUAACUUGUGCCAAAAUGACUUCCAGAUUUGGAGGCGUUGCACAGAAGGUGAGCUAAACUGACUUGCAUUUGCACAAAACUACUGUAAAUUCUGUUUUUUCCUGUGACUGAUGCUUUUAUAAAUUAAUUGUUGUAUUUAUUGCACCAUAUAACUAAUAAAAAUAUUUAUAUGGCAGA